GUUGAAAAUUUUAGAGAAGAAGAUGAAAAAAAAAAAGAAAUUCAAAAAAGUUUCCCGUUAAGAAAGUGCAUAUUCCCUCCUCCCAUUUCCAUGUGCUAGCUCCAUUCAGAAGCACUCUCAAAACCAAAAGCUAGGGUUUCUCUCUCACCGCACCAAACUCAGAAUUUCAGUGAUUCUUCAACAACUGUUACUUUCGUCUCCACGCUUCGCAACACCAUCACUUCCUUCAAGGCUUCAACAAUUUCUCACUUCCAAAAAAUGAACCAAAAUCCGUCGAAACAACUUCAACCUUACUACCAACCAAUGCUCAGAGAAUCAAUCAAUCGUUUCAUAGCAGAACACCGGAAAGGCACCACCGAUUUCAGUGACUUUAGUUCAAUCUUUUCUCGUACGCUUCAUAGAACCCCAGACCCUCCAAUUCCACUCGUGUGGUUCUAUUCCGCUCUCGAAUUUCACAAUAAUAGAUUGGGAAUGGGAAGAGAAGCUUCUAGAACUUCAAUAGCGUCGGUUAAGGGUUUGUUUCAGUUGCUUGUUUCGUGUUCUGAUGGGUGCGUGUCCAUGAAAAGGAUAGGUGUUCUCGCACCUUUGGUGUUUGAGCUUUAUCGUUUGAUGGUUUAUGAGAAAGAAAUGAAGAGUGACACUGAGGGUUUGGUAGAUGGGGUUGUUAGUUAUUGUAGCAUUUUGUGUAUGAAGGAGAGGGUUUUAGGUGAUGAUGGGAAGAUUGUUUUUUUGGAGGAGGAUUUUGUGGAUUUGAUACCGGUUUGGAUGGUUGUUUGUGAUUGUUAUUAUGGUCGUGGUUUGUUUGAGGUUGGUGAUUUUUUGAAAGGGUUUUUCCCUUUUGUGAGUGAUGGAGUUCGAAAGGGAAUUGAAAUGGGUUGUUGUGAGGUUGGCUUUUUGGCUGGGGUUGUUAUGUUUGAAGCUUUUUUAUUGAAAAUGUGUUUGAUUUUUGAUGUGGGGAUCACAAAAGAGGAGAAGGAGAAGAAGUUGCAUGAUUCUGCAGCUCAGAUCACGACUGGGUUUCAGAAUUUUUACUUUUUGGAUACCCUUUUCAGGAUUUUGUUGGAGCCAGUUUUACCAGUGAUCUCCUUGCUGGGUUCUGAAAAUGAAGUUCUUUUAAAAGAAGUCUUGUACAAUUCUGUGAUGAUGAUGGAUUAUUCAUUCAUUAAUCCUCAAACCGGAGUUUCACUGUAUGCCAAUAGCCUCAAAGAUUUUGCUAUUAAUUGGUUGUUUGUUUCUGAGUUAGCUAUCCAGUCUGCUAGGGUAAAUGGUGAUCAGGGGAAAGCUACUUCUUAUGUAAAUGCCUUCUGUAGAUCCUGCAUUCCUAAUCAAUUGAUUAACUGGGUUAUUAGUCAAAGUGGCAUAGACAGAAAGAUCAACAGACCAAAUGUUUCCACUCCCAUAGCUCUUAUAAAAUGGCUUCUAGUUGUCGAGGAAGACGGAUUGGCGAUAUUUGGUUGUCAAACUGCCAAGCAUCGUGCAAAGGCUUUCUUUUUCACUUCAAGAACCGAGUGUAGGCUUCCGGUGAUCAAACAUCUCUUUUUAAAUUGUAUACAUGAAGGCUCCGAGGUAGAUGUAAUUGGUGGUGGUGAUGUAGAGAUGCAUGAUGCUGUGGACACCAUAAGUUUGUCUGGUGAUGAUAGAACGAGCACAGCCACCACAGAUGGAACUAGAAAACGCAAAGAGGGAAUUGAGGAUGAUAAGAAAGCACAACUAAAGUAUAUGAGGUGUCAGUUUCAUGAGAAUUCAGUGAGAGGAAACCCCUGUAUAUUCAGGCAACAAUGAUAGAUUUGGAUAGUGGGAGUGUGGCGAGGUAUUUUGGUUUCACGUAGCUUAGGAGUAAUGGAAGGUUAGGAAGUAAUGGUACAAUAUAGUUGAUGAAAAGUUAUGAGAGGAUGCAAUGCUGGCAAUUUUUUAUGGCUAUCCAUUUUGGUUACUUUUGCUGCUACUGAAUAGGAAACAUUGAGCACAAGAUCCUCUAGCAUAGUGGGCCCUUCAAUUUUAACUUAGUUGGCAUAAUGCCAUGACAUAAUGUACUCUGAAACUUCAAAUUACCUAACUGUACUCAUUGAGCAUCUGACUUGGUCUUGAAGCCAGUAAACACUAAAACACGUUAGAAGUAAUUAAAUUUGAAUAUAUUUUGUAUCCUUCUAAAUA